AUGUCAAAUGUCAACAGAUUAUACCAAUCUUAUCCAUAUUUCAAUAGAACAGAAAAGAAGAGGAUUAACGAAAAUUUCGAUGUAACUAUUCAUUAUACAAAUCAUGUCAAAAUCACUCUUCUUAUCCUUAUUCAUGUUGCAUCUAUUCAGAUAUCUUCUAAUCAUCGAUGGUCAGAUGGAUUCAAAACCACACUGAAUGUUCCCAUUGAGAAUGAUUUUGUCAAUGGUUGGAAUAUUCACUUACAAUUCACUCAACCUGUGAAUAUCAUUACUUGGCCAGGUCAUCUCUAUUCGAAUACCAACAAUCGAAGCUUUGCAUUCACUAACAAUCAUUCAGAAAACAUCGAAUUACUCUCUGGUACCUUUCUUCAUUUCAAAUUUAUCGUUCAAUCCAUUGCAAAUUUGAAUAAUCUUCUCACUAUUUCAUUCAAUGACAAAUUCAUUCUUACAAAUAUAUCCACUAUUUCAUCAAAUACAAGCAAGUAUGACUAUGCACUUGUGCUCAGCAAUUCAUUACUCUUCUACGAAGCACAACGAAGUGGAAAACUUCCAUCAGAUAAUCGAAUUAAAUGGCGAGGAGAUUCGAUGUUAAUGGACAAAGGACAUCAUGGUGAAGAUUUGACUGGUGGUUAUUUUGAUGCUGGUGAUCAUGUCAAAUUUGGUUUUCCUAUGGCAUCAUUCACAACAAUAUUAACUUGGGGUGCAAUUGAAUAUGAAGAUGCUUAUAGACGAACAGGUCAACUCGACUAUGUUCGACAAGCGAUUCGAUGGUCAACAGAUUAUUUCAUCAAAGCACAUGUUAGUGAAUUUGAAUUCUAUGGACAAGUCGGUGAUGGACAUGAUGAUCAUAUACAUUGGUCAAGACCAGAAGAUUGGACAAAACCAAGACCUGCAUACAAACUCACACCUGAAAAGCCUGGCUCAGAACUCAUAGCUGAAACUGCAGCUGCAUUAGCUGCUGCCUCAAUUCUCUUUCGUUCAGUUGAUCCUGAUUAUCAUUCGUUACUUCUCACACAUGCUCGACAAUUAUAUGACUUUGCCAAUCGAUUCCGUGGCAACUAUUCACAUUCUAUACCUGAUAUUACUGAUUUCUAUAAUUCAUGGUCAGGUUAUGGAGAUGAAUUGGGAUGGAGUGCUGCUUGGCUUCUACGUGCGACAGAUGAUCAACGUUAUCAAGAAGAUAUUGAACAACAUUAUGAUGAAUUUCAUCUUGCUAAACAACCUCGAGAAUUCAGUUGGGAUGACAAAACAGCUGGUCUUCAGAUUCUCAUGGCGAAAAUAACAAACAAACAAACUUAUCGAACACAAGCUGAACAUUUCUGUCAUUAUGUAGUUCAUCAAGCUCCAACAACACCCAAAGGUCUUGUCUUUCUCGCUCCAUGGGGUUCGCUUCGACAUGCCAGCAACGCUGCUUUUCUUUGUCUUAUGGCUGCUGAAAUCAAUAUCAAUGAAGCACAAUAUUUGAAGUUUGUUACUGAACAAAUCAAUUACAUUCUUGGUGAUUCAGGUCGAUCAUUUGUCAUCGGUUUCGGUGAGAACUAUCCCAAACGACCUCAUCAUGUAUCCAGUUCUUGUCCUGAUCGGCCAACAAUAUGUGAUUGGAAUGCAUAUUCUAGUCCUCAUCCUAAUCCACAACUUCUCAUUGGUGCUUUAGUUGGAGGACCUGAUGAAAAUGAUAAUUAUGAAGAUCGACGUGAUGACUUUAUCAAGAAUGAAGUCACUACUGAUUACAAUGCAGGAUUUCAAUCAGUACUUGCAGGUUUAUUACAUUAUCAAUUCAAAAGUUCUGAAUAA